GGCCCCGGUGCUGCGGGAUCGGGAGCGGGGGAGCCGCCGCCGCCGGCCGGGUCAUGCCCGUGAGGCCGGGGCGGCGGGGCUGCGGGCUGCGGGAUGGGAACGCUCCGGGCCGGCGCCUUCGCCUUCCUCCUCCUCCUCCUCCUCGGCUGCCUCCUGCCCCGGCGCGGCCCGCUCAGGCUGGUCUCAGGGAGGGAGGAGAUCAAAUCUGCCUCCCGCAGCUCGCCCCAGCCCAUGUCGCCCUCUGAUUUCCUGGACAAGCUUAUGGGACGGACGUCGGGGUACGAUGCCCGGAUUCGGCCCAACUUCAAAGGUCCGCCCGUCAACGUGACGUGCAACAUCUUCAUCAACAGCUUCGGCUCCGUCACCGAGACGACCAUGGACUACCGGGUGAACGUCUUCCUGCGGCAGCAGUGGAACGACCCCCGGCUGGCCUACCGCGAGUACCCCGACGACUCCCUCGACCUCGACCCCUCCAUGCUCGACUCCAUCUGGAAGCCGGACUUGUUCUUCGCCAACGAGAAAGGGGCCAAUUUCCACGAGGUCACCACCGACAACAAGCUGCUGCGCAUCUUCAAGAACGGCAACGUGCUCUACAGCAUCAGGCUGACGCUGAUCCUGUCCUGCCCCAUGGACCUCAAGAACUUCCCCAUGGACAUCCAGACGUGCACGAUGCAGCUGGAGAGCUUCGGCUACACCAUGAACGACCUGAUCUUCGAGUGGCUGGAGGAGCAGGAGGCCGUGCAGGUGGCGGAGGGCUUGACGCUGCCGCAGUUCAUCCUCAGGGAUGAGAAGGACCUGGGCUACUGCACCAAGUACUACAACACAGGCAAGUUCACCUGCAUCGAGGUGAAGUUCCACCUGGAGAGGCAGAUGGGCUACUACCUGAUCCAGAUGUACAUCCCCAGCCUGCUCAUCGUCAUCCUCUCCUGGGUCUCCUUCUGGAUCAACAUGGACGCGGCGCCGGCGCGGGUGGGCCUGGGCAUCACCACCGUGCUCACCAUGACCACGCAGAGCGCCGGCUCCCGCGCCUCGCUGCCCAAGGUCUCCUACGUGAAGGCCAUCGACAUCUGGAUGGCCGUCUGCCUGCUCUUCGUCUUCGCCGCCUUGCUGGAGUACGCCGCCGUCAACUUCGUGUCCCGGCAGCACAAGGAGUUCAUGCGCCUGCGGCGGCGCCAGCGGCGGCAGAGGAUGGGCCUGAGCAGCGGGAUGGCCAGCCUCGAGUCCCUGCAGCAGCUGAGCAGCCAGCACAGCGGCGAGCACACCUACGCGACGCUCUCGCAGCUCUCCAGCUCCAGGGAGGAAGAGCUCGUCCGCGAGAGCCGCUUCUACUUGCGAGGCUACGGCCUGGGCCACUGCCUGCAGGCGAAGGAGGGUCCCGGGGAGGGUCCCGGCAUCUACAGCCCCCCCCCGGCCAGCGCGCUGCUGCGGGAAGGGGAGACCCUCCGCAGGCGCUACGUCGACCGGGCCAAGCGAAUCGACACCAUCUCCCGAGCCGUCUUCCCCUUCACCUUCCUGGUCUUCAAUAUCUUCUACUGGGUUGUCUACAAAGUGCUGCGCUCGGAGGACGUCCACCCGGUGCCCUGAGGCCCGAAAACGAGGGACCACCUCUUGGCCAGACCCCCCCCCCGGGUGCCCGGAGGCCACGAGCCCAGCCAGAGCCACGUUUGUGUCUGUCACACCUCGGAGCGGCGGCACACCCAGGCUGGGUCUCGGGGCGAGGACACGUGGCAGCCCCCGUGUCCCUCCGGGUGCUGAGGGAGGGGACCAGGUCCCCGUGGCCGGCUGGGGAAGGGGACCCUCCUGCCCCAUGUGUGGCUUCAACCCUGGGUACUCCAGGACGCUGAGCUGCUGGGAGGGCUCCAGUACCCGGGGAUGCUGCGCUGCUGGGACCCUGGGGACCCCACCGCUCCCCCCAACGCCCUCCAUCGCUCUGCACCCCCAUGUCAGGCUGCUGCCCCCCCCCCGGAGCUGCUGUGGACCACCAUCAGCCAGGCAAGAGGCCGCAGUUCUCUCGCCCAGAGAGCUCGGAGCUCGCUCGUGGGAGACGGCAGGCAGCCCCCUGCCUGUGCCCGGCCACAGCCCCCAGCCCCCAGCCCAGCCAGGCCAGGGACAGGGCCCCUCCGGCCCCCUCCCAGCCCCACAGCACAGUGAAGGGUCGGGGCCAGGCAGCUUUCUCGCUGCAGAGCCCAGCGCUGCCCCUGCUCCAGGGCACUUGUCCCAGGAGCGAUGUCUGUGACGUCCUUCCCCAUCCCCGACUGCCACCCGCCCUGCCAGGGCCCUGGUCCCACGGAUGGAGAAGGAACACGGAUGGCACACAGCCCACGGGCAGGAGCUGCUCAGCACCCCGGGCAGGAUGGGGCGCACAGCCCCUCUGCUGAGGGAGGUUGUUUGGGGCUGGAAGUGGUGGGGCAGCUCGGCUGGCCCCCUUGGAGGAGCGGGGCGGUGGUGGCGUCUCCGCACCGCUACGUCCGCACCGGCAGCCGCCGCAGGAUGCGGCUGUGCUCCUCGGGAGGAGGUGGCGGCACGUCACCGCGGUGCCAGCAGCAGAGAGCAGGAGGUGGAAUCGCCCCAGCCUUGCUGACCCCGGCCCCCAGUUUCCUUCCCCCAGCCCCACUCCAGCCCCCAGGUGUGGUGUCCCCGGGCGGGUUCACCCCAGCUGCUCCUCCACCGGAGAGCAUCUGAACCCUCGACUUCAAAAUUCAGCAAGGCUUCCAGCCCUCCAAACCUGGACGUCCUCCGUGCUUAGCUGGAAAUAAAAGCAGUAGGCAACGUUUCUGUAGGUCCUGCAGUGAGAAAUGUGUCGAUGCUCUCCUUUCUCCCUGCUCACAGCAAGCCCAGGCGGGGCUCGCAUCCUCGGUGGGGUGGUUUGCUGCAGACCCCCGGCAUCCAUCCCCCCACAGUCCCAGGAGCGGGCACAGGCAGGGCAGGACGGGGAUGGGAUUUGUCCCUUUCCUGAGAGGCCCUGGUGCCACCACGGCACAGCGAGGGCACCCAGUGACCUGCCGCUCCAGGCAGGCCCGCCUGGACACAGGCAGAGGGGUGAAGCAGCCCCAUGAAGCCAGCCCGGGCAGAAAUGCCACCCGCAGCCCCCAGCUUCCCUCCUGCCCCCACGCAGGCAUUGCCCCCUCCCUCUCCCUAAUAAUGUGGAGCAAAGCCCUACGCCCCCACACCCCGCCGCCGAGCUGCCCAGCACCUGCUUUGCGAGCCCCCCCGCCCCGUUCUGAGCCACGCGCACCCAUUUCACAGAUGGGCAAGUGGAGGAGAAGCGGCCCCCGGGGAAGGCAGGGCCCACCAGGACAGGCUGAGAUGGCUCCAGCCCAUCAGCACUGCUGGGUGCCCCCCCCCCGCUGCUGCCCCACCUCAGGCAGCCUUCAGAGUCUUGCUUUUCGGGGGGAGCCCAUCGGGAGGUGAUGCCGGCACGUGGGCAGCACCUACAGGUGCCUGGUGGCCAACCAAACCUCCAGCACCUGCGGGUUUUUAAACAGCCUCGAUCUUCCUACACAAAUAAAACCUUACUGGGAUUUUCAGCGGUGUGCUGGGGGUUUCUCUCUGCCCAGGACCCUGUGGCCUGAUCCGGCUCCAGCUCCCAGCUGCGGGAGGGAUGUAGGGACAAGGAUGCACCAGCCCUGCAAU